CGGACCCUCCACGUUACACAAACCCAAACAGCAGCGUAAAGCAGAGAGGAUGAAGUGGCCGGUUCGCCUUCAUUAUCAUCCGAGUCGGGCACACGUAUUCCACGGACGGAGAGGUGUAAAUUGUGCUCGGGUGCACGAGAGGGGGCAAAUGAAUCUGACCGCUGUGGAAUAAUCCUCUGCAAGGUUCUCCAGCGCAAAUACUACGGCGCUGUCCUCCCCACCGAGGAGCAUCCAGACAGGAAGCACACAGGCUCGUGUCCUUUUGUUAAAUGUUCUAGUAGCAUCCCUGACACCAUCUGCAUCCGCGCGGCGACGACAACAACAACAACAAUCUAGCAUGGGCUCCAGACUGAGCAGGCAGAACAGCCUGGACAACGAGAAUUUCUCCAAGAAGCGACGCAAGCUUCUGCGCGGCGCCGGAGAGAGCGACAGGGGCAGGCGGAGCGGCGGAGAUUUUUUGUUUGCACUGAUGCUGAAAUCGGACAAACUGCCGGGGAUGCUGCGGAGGACGAACCACAGCCCCUACAUGAGGCGAGUGGCGUGGAUUAAGGAGAUCCAGAAGCUGCUGCGACAGCGCCGGAUGGAGCAGGCGACCGACGUGCUCAGAUUGCUGAGAAAGGAUCUGGGGUUGGAAGGCACAUCCCUGAAUGACAUCCUGUACAAAAACGCUGCCUUCCUAAAUCUAGUGGACCCGAUCUCACACGAACUUCUGGUCGGCUUAGCUCGAGAGAUGCAGUGUCCGAAAAAGGACGCAGACAUUAUAAAGUCUGCUGAUAAGAUUUGUAGACAGUUGAUCUACCACCUGACCCCUCAUUCAAAGUGGCUGAGGCAGAGCAUGUCCAGACGGAAAUCCCAGGCCUGUCUCAAGACGACCCUACAGAAGAAACUGUCCAGUGACACUGUAGACUUGUCUGGAAUCCCUCUGUCCCCUCGUGAUGUCCGGCAAGUUGCUUUUUACCUCCAAAACAACAGAGACAGUGUGAUGGCUGUGGACAUCAGCUUUACAGACCUUCAGGAUGAGAGCCUGAGGCUGCUCCUGCCGCUUCUGGCCUCGCUGCCCAAACUCAGCACCCUGGCUCUUAACGGUAACCGCCUCACGCUGGGUAUUCUUAAAGAUCUGACGGAGUUGCUCAAAGACCCCCAGAAAUUCUCCAGUUUGGCGUGGAUUGACCUGGGCAACAAUGUGGACAUUUUCACCAUGCCUCAACCGCUUCUGGUCGCUCUACGCCGACGCUGCAGCCUGAAGAGCAGCCUCCCAACCAUCUAUGAGUACACAGAAGGUCAGCCCUACUGCUACCACAUGGAGACUUCUAUCGAGGAGCCCAGCCACUAUGAGGAGGAAGAGGAAGAGGACGAUGAGCUAGAGAAUAAAUUUGAGUUGGAGCCGUGGGGUUUGGGAGAAAAGCAACUCUCCAAAGACUUCACAUUCCACUAUUGUGAGAGGUGAUGGAGUGUUUUUUUCUCUGGGCUUAUCCGGCUGUGAUUAAAAUGUCUCACAGCACUCUCUUAUGUCCUUCACCUUUACGACCUCACACCACGAGCCCAGUCACGAGGGAGACCAGUGCCCACAUUGUAAACUUCUCGUCCUGACACAGCUACCAAGCUACUCCUAACCAUCUCUGAGUUACCCACACAAGAUAGUUACAUUGCUGUGGAUGGUGGACUUACUGUGUUGGUGCUCUUGGAAACAAGAUGUGGUUUCAUUGGAGGGUGGGCUGGAGAAGUUAGAGAACAAGCUUUCCCUCCCUCUGUUUCUCCCCCUCUGUUGUUCUUUCUCUGGGACAGUGGCAGCCGAGGAGCCAGUCUCAAGCAGAUGUGAUUUAGUUGGUCAGUUGAAUCAGCAGCAUCCCCGCGGCAGCUGAAGUGGGACUUGUGUUGGUCUGGAAACCGUGUUUCUGGGUUCUCUACUAGGGCUGAGGCUGUCUCUGGCAGGCAGGGCCUAGCUCUGCAUUGUGUGUUCUCUGUUAAUCUCUCAACAAAAGCUAUGACACAAGUUCAACAGACUAUACAGCCGACAACCCAUCACGUGACACCUGGAAAACUGCUAGGUCGACUUUUUGCCUUUUCCCCCCCUUUCCAAAUGUCCACUUGUGAAUGCCCCAGCACCCCCUUGUGUCGUUGUAAACAAGGACACAAAACACCGCUCUGUUGUGUUUCCAUUGGCUAUUUUGUGAACUUUGGUGAACAAAGAAAUCUUAGAAGAAAACAGGUAGGACUCAUCAAUGAAUAGCUGUCAGUGUUUUUGUACUGGCCUAAGAGCCUGAUAUCCACCUUUGUAAUUACUGAGCUGCUCUAAUCACCACAGUGUUUCAGUGCAUUUGUGAGACAACAGACAGAUGUUAAUCUGGGCUGCUGAGCUGUGCCCAAAAUCCUACUGCUGUUUGUCUCCACACGUUUGUCGACCUUUCCAUGUGUUAUUGCAGUGGUCCUGACACACAUCUGUGAGAGCUGGCUUUCUGUUAUAGUCUGUCUGCAGUAGCAAAACACUCCAAUGCACUUUAAAGCACUAUUUUGUUCAAAAUAUUUAAAUGGCUGAGAUUUGCAAAAGCAGAUUUUGAAAGUAUACCUCCUCGAAGUGACAUGAUGACGUUAUGACUGCUAAAUGUAAGAAGGAACAUGGACAUUACCUAAUAUAUAAUAAAUGUUUUCUUGCAUUAUACCUGUUUGUAACCGUCCAAUUGCGUCUGUAAUUGUCUUAUUGCUGCGUGUUUUGUCUGUCAUUUCUGUAAUUGUAAUGACUUUGAGUACUAUGAAAUCCAGCGGACCCCCUGCCCAUGUAAGCCUGAGUGGUAGACAAAGAAGACGUGAUGGAUGAGAAUUCACAAGAAACUAAUUUGUUUAUGAAUUUUGCUCCCAUGCGGAAGUAGCACCAUUUACAUGGAAUGUGUUAGAUGAAUGUUUUUUUGAACUCUGCACACUUGUGUCCACUGGGUUUAAAGUUUUUGUUUUGUGUGUCAGUGUUGAACUUUUCCCUGCGUGUACUUGUCUCAAAAUAUGACUGCCAAUAAAAGGACUGAUCCAACCUGA